AGCACCUCAACACCAACGGAAAGAAGGAGAAGCUGUCAGUGCGACGCCACCACGCUGCAGUUUCUUCUCCUUUUAUAUUUCUUGUUGUCUUUUCCAUCGUCCCCAUUGGCGACGACGCACCAGCACCGCGGCAACGUUGAACAACGCUGCCUCAUAUAGUUUUUUUUUUCUUCUGCUCGUGUUCUCACCACGCACUCCAUAGAUUCAUUACACUCCGGCUUCAUUCUUCUUCUUUGAUAUACACAUACAUACACCCACGACAAAGGCAACAUCAAGCCCCUUGAGAAAAAAAAACCCAAAAGUAGACAUGCUGAGCAAUCGCACCCUGACAGAGGAGCAGACGGUCAUCCGGCGUCAGUUCACAGACUUCUUCGAGAGCGAGCGCUACGAAGAACGGUACCAUGAGCGCAUUCAGACGAUGAUCGUCGCCGGCAAGGCUCGCCUGCUGCUGGACAUGGGCGAUUUGCUCGAUUACAUCCCCAUCAGCGCUGGCGGUCUCGACGGCAGUGAGAACGGCCUUGGCGGUGGCGGUGGUGGUGAAGCUGGUCUCUCUCUUGGCGCCAGCAUCAUCCGCCAGCCUGGCAAGUACAUCCCGCUGCUUGAGCUGGCCUUGCACGACGUGGUGCUGCGCCAGCAGCCGGAAUACUUGAAGGUGGACUACCGCUCGCGCGCGGUGCAUGCGGGCUUUGAAGGCCCCGUCGGACGCGUCUUGUCGCCGCGCGAGCUGUACGCCCGCCACCUGAAUACCAUGGUCGCGCUCGAAGGGAUCGUGAUCCGGCAGUCCACGAACCGGCCGCGUGUACUGGAGACGGUGCACUACUGCGCCGAGACGAACAAGUUCACUAAGAAGGAGUUCCGCGAUCAGCUGACGCCGAUGAUCGACAGCUCUCACUUGCCCACAGUGAAUGUGAUGCCCAAGACGGACAUGGAAGGCCACGCCUUGCGCACGGAAUUGGGACUGUGCACCUUCAUGGACUCACAGUGCGCGGUGCUACAGGAGGCACCGGAGCGAGCGCCGACGGGGCAGCUCCCACGCAACGUUGAGGUGCGCUUUGACGACGAUCUUGUCGACGCCGUGAAGCCUGGUGAUCGCGUGCUGCUCGUCGGGGUUUACAUGCCGUACACUACCGCCGACAGCAAGAGCUUCCAAUCUAUCGUCCUCGUGAACCACGUUGUGUCGACGCAGACGUUCACCUUUCUCACCCGUCCGCUUCCCGCGCUGGAGGACCGUCUCACACGAUUUGCGCGGAAGUGUCUGGAGCAGCACGGUCCGAGCGGGGUGCUCGACACGCUGGCCAAGGCGGUCGCCCCGACCAUCUACGGAAUGACGCCCGCGAAGCAGGCCAUUUUACUCAUGAUGGUGGGCGGAGUAGAGCGCAUGUCCCACCACUCCCACGUGCGUGGCGACAUCAACGUCCUCCUCGUCGGUGAGCCCUCCACCGCCAAGUCGCAGCUGCUCCGGUUCGUGCUCGGUGUGGCGCCGCUGGCGCUGAGCACGACAGGGAAAGGCUCCUCCGGUGUCGGUCUGACGGCCGCGGUGGCGACGGACAGCUACACCGGUGAGCGCUCUCUCAGCGCGGGUGCCAUGGUGUUGGCGGACCGCGGCAUUUUAUGCAUCGACGAGUUCGACAAGAUGGGAUCACAGGACCGGGUGGCGAUGCACGAGGCGAUGGAGCAGCAGACCGUGACGAUUGCGAAGGCGGGCAUUCACGCAUCUCUCAACGCGCGGUGCAGCGUGCUGGCUGCGGCGAACCCGAUUUACGGCUUUUACAGCGUGCAGCAUCGCCUGGCGUUUAACGUGGGGCUGCCAGAGUCGCUGCUCUCCCGUUUUGAUUUGACGUUUAUUAUCCUAGAUCAGCACUCGUCCGACUACAACCGUCGCAUUGGCUACCACAUCCUGCGCAACCACAUGACUUCCGAGACAGUGCGCUAUGAUGAAGUGGAUUCGCGGACCGUCGUGGAAAGCGUGGAAACGAGCUCGAACGCUGCCGCUCGUCAAGCCGGACCCCGUCGUGGUGGUGGUGAUGGCAAUGACGACGAGCAGGGCACAACUUCCGUUUCCUCCUUCGGGAACGGUGGCGGCGAAGGCCGUCUCGACUUACGCAUGACGACCAACAGCACAGGUGAGUCCAUCGUGAGCGUCGAUUUCCUGCGCGCCUUCACGCAGCUGGCAAAGCGGGGGUCGCCGCUGCUGACCGAGGCGUCGCGUGAUCUGGUUUGCCAGCACUACGUCCAGCUGCGCGCCGAGCAACAGGACGGCGGCCGCGAUGGCUUUUUCAUUACCCCGCGUACACUCGACGCCAUCGUGCGCCUCUCAACCGCGAACGCAAAGCUGCGUCUGUCGCCAACGGUGGAGGAGGUCGAUGUUGCGGCGGCGAUGGCGCUGCUGCGGGCGUCGGUGAACGCCGCUACCACCGCGACGCAGCAGCGCCGCGAUGACAACGAACACUCUAUCGAGGAGGCGGGAGGACACAAACGGCCUGCCGCCGCAGCCACAUCAGCGGGGGCGGAGACAACGGCGACGGGGCUGGAGGUGGUGCCGUCGUCAAUGAACACCACGGAGGAAGCAGCGGCGCUGCGACGGCCGCGCACGGAGGCCGAGGCCGGCGAGGACGGACGGGUGGAGAGCAGCCGCAGCAGCGGUGAGGCAGCGACAACACCCGCGACCGUGACGAGCGGGGCUGCCAUGUCCGCAGUGGAUGUGCAUCUCAACCGUCGCGUCGUGGAGGCCCUGAAGGAGUUUCAGCGAGAGCAGCGUGACGUCGUUGCGCUGCGAGAGUUGCACGAGCGUCUCGGCGGCGGUGGCGGUGCGGCGACGACCUCGAUGGACGCGCUGAAGCGAUCGGUGACGCAGCUGCAGGGCGACGCAUUUAUCUUCGAGGGCACCGAAGACGGCGGUGACGAUACAGUUCAAUUCAUUUAA